CGCUGGAACUAAACCCUAACCCCAGUGCCCCACAGGACAUUAGGGUUCACGCUUCGUCUCUGAAAACUCAAAAUCGAAUUCAAAAUGGCGAUUUUUCCGGGCAAUAUCAUAUCAAGAAUCUCAUCUCAUCUUCAAUUUCGAGUCUUCUUCAUUCCCUGGGUGAUGAAGAACAAUGCCACUGCCAUCACAUGUUUGCAGAGAAGGGACUGUGGUUCAUCAGUUCCGGUUAGGUACAUUCCUAAGACAUCCUCUAAGAUUAAAAAAUCCGAAAGACCUCUGCCUAUAAAGGGUUCCACGAAAAAUGGAUUCCGUAACUGUUCGGAUGGAAUACAGAAAAGUUUUGUUUUUGACGACGAGAAGUCUCAGAACCAGAAUCAACUGUUGGUGAACAACGAGUCUUUUGGUGAUUUUGAACAAGCAUGUGUAGACUAUGAAUUCAUAGAAGAGCCUAUGGAGGUUGUUGAAGAGUUCAUUUUUUAUCAAGGGAAGGAUUGCAAACAGGAUGUAUCAUGUGAUGCUAAAACUAAGCGAGAAGCAGAAAAGUUGGCAAUUGAAUUACUUGCAACGAGAUCAUUCACAGCUGUUGAAUUGAGAAAGAAAUUGCAGGGUAAGAGGUUUUCAGCCGAUAAUGUGGAGGCAGUAAUAAACAGUUUUCAGAGCAGAGGGUUUAUCAAUGAUAGCUUGUACGCGGAGACAUUUUCUCGGUCUAGAUGGUCUAUGUCAAGUUGGGGACCAAGGCGCAUCAAGCUGGCACUAUUGAAGAAAGGAGUAAGUGAAGUUGAUGCGGAGAAUGCAGUAAAACUAGUGUUUGAGGAUGGUGAAUCUAGUGAUCAAGAGUCAAAUCUUGGCUUGUCAAAGCUUUCCAUGGAUCAGUUAUAUAAUCAGGCCUCAAAGCAAUGGCUCCGAGGUCGGGAUUUGCCGAAAGAGACAAGGAAAUCGAGGAUAGUUAGGUGGCUUCAGUACCGUGGUUUCAACUGGGGUGUUGUCAGUAUCAUAUUAAAGAAGUUAGAAUCAGAGUGUCCUCCCUAGGCCACCAGUAGGACCGCUUAUAUUCAUGGCUUGUAAGAAGUGGGAUGCUAUGCCCUAUUCAUCGCCUCAGAUGUAGUGUAACAUGGGCAGGGUUACACUAUCAUUUGGAACACACUGCUCUGGGCAGAAAUAUAGUCACAUUGGGCUUUACACUCCAAACCAUUGUAUCAGCCUGCCUACCCUAGAGACAUUCAAUCUAUAGGUAGAAUUACCUAAGUGAUGGUACAGAGAUGCUGUUGGUGGGAUCAACUUUUUUAUUUCUGAGAGUAGAAAUUCACAUGUACCACAGUUAACUAUCUAUCUGAAAAUCCAGUUGUUUGUUGUGUGUAUUACUCAUUGAUUGUAGUUAGUCGAACAAUAUUACCAUCAAUAGAGCUUACAGUGUAUCC